AUGGAGAAGUCUGGGGAUGAUGGCUUUCAGGAGACUCGCUCCCAAACUCCACCAUCUCAAACUGCUCAGCCUGCUCCUGUGGAAGAGCCUCGUAAGAGACCAUGGUGGGCUUCGAUCAAAGAACCAGGGUCUGCUCUCCAGAUCGUCAUUGCAGCUCUUCUGGCUAUCGCCAUCGGUCUGACAGUCACGAGUACGGUUGAUGAAGUUCCUGAUGCUGCUCGUGCUAUCAUUGGCAUACCUGGAGUUCUCUGGCUUCGCUCUCUCAGGGCCGUCGUGCUACCUCUGAUCAUUACUGCUAUGAUCCUGGCUGUACAAAGACUGAAGGAGAUGACCAAGGGUGGCCCGGUCUUAGCUAAAUGGACCAUUAUCUACUUCCUUGCCACCACCUUUGUUGCUAUCUUCCACAGCGCGCUCUUGACCGGACUUGUAUGGUCUAAGUUGAUGACAGUUGCCGAUGAGGACAGCUUGUCUGUAGACGGUCUUUCGUCCCAGAGUGAGACGAUUGCAGAGACGGGCGAGAAGGCUGCGGUCCACGAGGUCGUCGUUCAAAUGUUUGAAUCGUUCAUUCCGCAAAAUGUCGUCUAUGCUUUGGCCAACGAUUCCCUACUCGCUAUCGUCAUCACCUCUAUUAUCGUCGGCUACCUCCUCAAACCCGGUUCAUCGAUCCUUCGCGCUGUCCAAGAAGUCGAGAACCUUAUCGUCAUCGUCAUCACAUUCCUGAUCAAGCUGGCACCAAUCGGAGUUUUCUUUCUUAUUCUCCCUAAUCUGUUCAGACUCAACAUAUCGGAUAUUGGUUUUAAUCUGGCUAUUUUGAUAGCAGGUGCACUAGCUAUGAUGGCUCUUCAUACAUUCAUAAUCCUCCCGAGCAUCUAUCUCUUCGUGGUCCGGAAGAACCCCUGGUCAUACUGGUUUAAAAACUCAAGAGCGUGGAUCACAGCUUGGGGCACUGCAAGCUCCGCCGCAACUCUUCCAGUGACUAUCAAAUGUUGUCAAGAUCGCGGAAUUCCAAAUACUGUCACCAAGUUCCUGGUUCCUCUUGGUUGCCUUAUCAAUAUGGAUGGUACUGCAAUCUAUUUCCCCAUUUGUGUUGUCUUCUUAGCCGCUACCCAAGGGCACGUAUUAUCUGCCGUCGAUUACAUCAUUAUUUGUCUCCUCUCUACGCUGGCAUCCAUCGGAACGGCGCCAAUUCCGUCGUCUUCGCUCGUCCUCACUGUCAUGAUUGCGAACAGUAUCAAUGUGCCCAUGAGUGGAAUGUUUGCCGUAGUUGUCGCUAUCGACUGGUUUCUCGACAGAUUCCGUACUGCGUUGAAUGUUAGCGGGGAUAUGUUCGCAGCUGCAGUUGUCACCAAGAUCACUGGUAUGAAGGAUGAUGUGGACGACGACACUGAAAGUGAGCAGUACUACGAGCAAAACAAUGAGCCAAUGUCUCGGGGUCCCAAUCAUGUGUAA